UCAGCUCAGCUCAGUCUUGUUUCUUCUUCUCGCAUUACCAAAAGCUCUCGAUUUUCUCCGUUCAUCUCAAUCCAUGGCUAGCCGGUGGUUGAGGCCUGAGGUUUACCCGCUAUUCUUGGCCGUCGGAGCUGCCGUCGGGAUCUGUGGGUUCAGUAUGGUCCGCCAUAUGUGUAUCAACCCUGAAGUCAGAGUGUCCAAGGUGAACAGGGCUGCUGGAGUACUGGAUAAUUUUGCUGAGGGAGAAAAGUAUCAGGAGCAUAUGCUGAGGAAAUUUGUCCGCAACAGGUCCCCGGAAAUCAUGCCAGGCAUCAACAGCUUCUUCGCUGACCCAGCUAAAUGAUUGUAAUCAUAAUGCGAAGGGGGAAAUCAUCAGGGAUGGUGACUUUGAAAUUGCUUUUGGCAACUGGAACUGAAGUGGUUGUGUUAAAUUUAACCCGGUUGUCUUGGGUAAACAACGGAAAUAAAUUCAAUGGGUGAUGAUUAUGUAAACGUGAAUUUGGAUUUCAAUGGUGAAUGUUUCCUUAAGCGUGAAUUCAUAUUGUUGUUGGUUGCUGAUAGACUUCAUAUGGAAGUAUUGUUCUUUGGCUAUGCUUCUGACCUCUUUUGAAAAAUUCAAGUUAAAAUUUGGUACUCCUA